AUGCUGGCAAGAACCGUAUUGAGAGCAGCAGCUCAGAGGAGCAUGAGAGUUGGGGCAGUUACCCCUCCAAGGGCGUUCCACUCGUCCCGCAUUGCCAAGGUCGACAUUGAUGCUGAAAUCAAGUGUCGUGAGCUCUUGGACAAGCUUCCAUCUUUGGAACAUCUCUUCCAGAACGAGGAUGGUACCAAACGGACUCCCUCGGAGACGGAACUUAAGACGAUUGCGUAUCUCAACACAUACUCUAAGGAGAGACGUUUGUCACUCAUGGAACAGCUCUUCACUUUCCCAAAGAAGUACGAGGACCUCUAUCUCGAGAACGACGAGGAUCUAUACAAGCUGAAGGCGUCCUCCGGUCUCAUCAUUGACAAGAUUCCAUAUGAGGACACUGCCACUGGCGAAAUCAAGUGGAAGAUUGUCAGAGAUGGCGAGGAGAAGGAAGGUUGGGAGAACAUUGCACAUGUUCUCUUUGUGCCUGCCUUUGCCUUCUUAGUUGUUGCCAUUUUCUUUAGAGACGACAUGGACGUCACCGAGUGGGCAAAGAGAGAGCUCCUUUACAGAGUCAAGACAAGGGCAGAGGAGGAAAACGACACUGCUGUAUUGGACAGUUUCAAGAAACAUGGUGACGACCCAACCAGUUACAAGUUCGACUUGGCGGCCUUCAGCAAGGACGACGACGUCAUUGUGGAGAGAAUUCUCUCUGGAGAAUACGACAAGAUGGCAAAACUUAAGGUGAAACAAUCCAGCAUGGGAAACUAG